UCAUUAUAUUAGAUAAUCCUCCCUCAUCGCGUUUUGAGAGUUGAUUUUUUUCUUCGUUUUCUAUCGCUCCCUCGUUCGUUCUUCACCGUCCUGUCCUGUCCUGUCCUGCGGUUUGGUUCCUCUCGUCCAAGACUUACUUCAAAAAAUGGAACAUCAUCCUUCGUCUUCGUCUUCGUCUUCGUCUUCUGCUGCUCCUACCACCCCCUCGGAAAUAGUCAGCAGAUUUCGUCUUCGUGUAUUGAGUCUUCGUGCUCGAAGGUCACCACCACCUGACGUAUGUCAAAAAAUGCAACAUCCUCCUUCGUCUUCUGCUGCUCUGAAAUCCCGCAGAAGAACCCGCAGAAGAAGCCGAGUUCUUCAACCAAGUGAUUUUAAUGAUAUCAAAGAUCCUACCAAAAAGGAUAGGAUAACCAAAUGUGCCACUUUGGCAAUACGGGAUUAUAAUUCACAAACUCAGAACGACUACCAAUUGGUCGUUGUUGAUACGUUUACUUCACAAUUUGUUAAUGGUUUCCUUUACUGUAUCACCUUUCAAGCCAGCAAUGCUGACAAGGAAUAUGCAACUUUCGAAGCCAUAGUGUUUGGAUAUGGAAAAAGAGAGUUCGAUUUAAGAAAGGUUAUUAGAAUCAGGAUCAAAGGGACCAGUACUUGGUACAAUGGCACUCUCAUGCAGCUGGAGGAUGAUGCUCCAAUUGUGAUGGACGUGAAAGAUCAUAAGAGAGAUGUUUAUGGCCUUAUUAAAUCUGCUCAACAGCUCAGGAUGCCAGAUGUGGGAUCUGUCAUGAUAAAACAAGAUGAAGGCGAGGAAACUGCUGGAGCAUUGCCUGAUAAAACAAGAUGAAGGCGAUUUGUAAUUUUCCUCAUCCAUUAAAUAGUUUUUCAACUAGUCUUAGUUGUUUAUCUUUAGCGAUAGAAACUCUCACAUAUCAUUUCCAUUACGUUUUGGUUGUUUCCCAUAGUAAGACCGAAUUUGAUUUCCAUUACAAUUAAACUCUUGUGUUUUAA